ACACCGCCUCUCCUGCCAGAGUCGUGGUACUACAUCUGAAGCAGUCAUCAUGUCGACCGUGUGUGCAGCAUCUCGAAUUCUAUCAAAACGGGUUUUGUCAUCAAAAACCUGUACAGCGGCAGCCCAGGGUGCCUCAAGGAGCUUCCAUUUCUCUAUCAAUGGAAAUAAGCAUGAUGUCAAAGUGUCAGACGACAUAUCCAACCAGUAUCCAGUGGUCGAUCAUGAAUUUGAUGCAGUGGUGGUGGGGGCUGGAGGGGCAGGUCUCCGUGCGGCCUUUGGCCUGUCUGAAGCUGGCUUCAACACAGCCUGCGUGACCAAGCUCUUCCCCACCCGGUCCCACACAGUGGCAGCACAGGGUGGGAUCAACGCAGCUCUGGGAAACAUGGAGAACGAUGACUGGCGGUGGCACUUCUAUGACACGGUGAAGGGAUCCGAUUGGCUUGGAGACCAGGAUGCCAUCCAUUACAUGACAGAGCAAGCCCCUGCUGCUGUUGUGGAGCUUGAAAACUUCGGAAUGCCAUUCAGUCGCACAGACGAUGGUAAGAUCUACCAGAGGGCGUUUGGAGGACAGAGCUUGAAGUUUGGCAAGGGCGGGCAGGCACACAGGUGCUGCUGCGUGGCAGACAGGACGGGACACUCUCUCCUUCACACGCUCUACGGACGGUCUCUGCGAUACGACACAAGCUACUUUGUGGAGUACUUUGCCCUGGACCUGCUGAUGGAGGACGGAGAGUGCAGAGGGGUGAUCGCUCUGUGCAUGGAGGACGGCUCCAUCCACCGCUUCAGAUCCAAGAACACAGUCAUCGCCACUGGUGGUUAUGGCCGAGCAUACUUCAGCUGCACCUCGGCCCACACUAGUACUGGAGAUGGUAAUGCCAUGGUAACACGGGCUGGCCUGCCUUGCCAGGACAUGGAGUUUGUUCAGUUCCACCCCACAGGUAUCUAUGGAGCCGGCUGUCUUAUCACAGAGGGUUGCCGUGGUGAAGGCGGAAUCCUCAUCAACAGUGAAGGCGAGCGUUUCAUGGAGAGAUACGCCCCCAAUGCCAAAGACCUGGCCUCCAGAGACGUUGUGUCCCGCUCCAUGACCCUUGAGAUCCGCGAGGGAAGAGGUGUUGGCCCAGAUAAGGACCACGUGUACCUGCAGCUGCAUCACCUGCCUCCCCAGCAGCUGGCCACCCGGCUGCCUGGCAUCUCGGAGACCGCCAUGAUCUUCGCCGGUGUGGAUGUCACCAAAGAGCCCAUUCCUGUGCUGCCCACUGUACACUACAACAUGGGUGGCGUCCCCACCAACUACAAAGGACAGGUCAUCACUCACGCUGACGGAGAAGACAAGGUUGUGCCCGGGCUGUACGCCUGCGGAGAGGCGGCGUGUGCCUCUGUCCACGGUGCCAACAGGCUGGGCGCCAACUCCCUGCUGGACCUGGUGGUGUUCGGACGGGCCUGCGCCCUCACCAUUGCAGAGACCUGCACCCCAGGAGAGAAACUCCCACCCCUGAAGGCUAAUUCUGGAGAGGAGUCUGUGGCUAAUCUGGAUAAAAUAAGACACGCCGAUGGAGACACCAGAACAUCUGAGAUCAGGAUAAACAUGCAGAAGACUAUGCAGAAUCAUGCUGCAGUCUUCCGCACUGGGGAUGUUCUUAUAGAGGGAUGUGAGAAGAUGGACGCCAUUUAUCAGACCAUGAAAGACAUUAAGACCUUUGACAGAGGUAUUGUGUGGAACACGGACCUUGUGGAGUCCUUGGAGCUUCAGAACCUGAUGCUGAACGCCGUGCAGGGCAUCCAGUCUGCCGAGGCCCGUAAGGAGAGCCGAGGAGCACACGCCAGGGAGGACUUCAAGGACCGUGUUGAUGAGUAUGACUACGCAAGGCCCCUUCAAGGACAGGAGCAGACGCCAUACGACCAGCACUGGAGGAAACACACUCUCUCCACUGUGGACAAAGAUACUGGCAAGGUGACACUGGAAUACCGACCCGUGAUUGAUGUCUCGCUGAAUGAGGAAGAAUGUUCAGCCAUUCCCCCAGCUAUCCGUUCUUACUAAGGACAAGCCUGCCGAUCAUUCACUGCGCUUGUGCUUAGACAUCCUGUAUGCUUGUGCUGUCACUUUCUAUUAAGUGUGCUUAAAAUGUGUGGGAGCGCUGUACAUUUGAUGUUCUCAUUCUCACAUGCUGAUCUGUAAAAUAUAUGAAUCCUCCUAGUGGGAGACGAUGCAGGUUGUUCUUUAGGUGUCACAUUAGUGAAAAAGAAAAUGGUGUUUUUUUUUUUCUGCCCAAAGCCAGCUGACUGUGAGAUUGAGGUAGGAUUGAGUUUCGUGAGAGAUAGUUACUUUGAGUGUGGUGAAAAACACAUUUGAAGAUAAUUUGACAGCUAUGCUUGUUUUCAGUGGCCUUCAAAGGGCAGUACAUAUGCUUCUUAAAGGCUGUAUCGCACAACUUAUCUUAUUAGCACCACUACUUCACAUGCAAAGCUAGAUAUAUGCACAGUAUCUAGGAGGUGUUUCAAUAAUUUGUAGAAUUCACACCAUAGUCACGGCCCCUUAGACUAUAGUGUGAUCUUCCUUCCAGCAUGUUUCUUGAUGAAGUGUGGUGGUGUAUGUAUAGUUAUUCUGUUGCCAGAUCAUUCUAUAUGGUAGAGUAUGAUUACUGUUUUAAGGCACACAGCAGGGCUCCAUUGGUCUGUGCUGGCAUCUUCCUACUGUAAAAAACACGAACUAAGAAGGGACACGCUUUAUCUGAGGAGGGGCCUUAACAGAAGUGCACAAAGGCCUUCAUCUCAUUAGAUAUAGUUGAGUUUUUGUUUUGAAUGUUGCUGUUGUCUUCAAUAUGUAUUUAAUUUAUUUUUUUCAUAUAAAACAUGACGUGUGAUUUCUGAAGAAAGUCUCGGCUCAAUUUGUUUCUCUUGCUGAAGUUGAAUUAUGGUAAUCAUGUGAAGUGUUUAUGGGAAUAAAAUGAAAAUGAGACCACA